GAUGUCCGGGCUUCGCACCUCGGCGCUGCGGAGGUGGUUUUGUUCCGCUCGUCCCGUCCCGUGGGGAUAGGGUGCCUGCGGGAGCGCCUCAGCGGCGCUGGCGAAUCUGCGUGGAUGCAGAAGAUGGGCAUGAGAGGGUGGUGGGAAAAGGAAAAAACAAAUAGGGAAAAAAGAGGGGGAUAGAGAAAAGAAAAGAAGUUGCGGCCCGGACAGGAAGGAAGGAGACCCUGGAACUGGAUUCGGAUUUCUUAGGAAUGAGCAGCGCCGGGCUGGCCGACGCGAAAAGAGUUCGCUGCCCAUUUUUGAGUUGAAAGCCGUAGCUUUGUCUCGAAAAUAAACUGCUCACGGGGCUAGGUGUAGACCAGUGAGUUGAAACAAAACAACAGGGCAAGUCCGCAGCAGGCUUCUGCCAAGGCAUCGCGGGGACCGUCCUGGGAGAGCCGCCCCACUCUCCGCGCCCGGGCCAGCCCUCCCGCCCGCUCCUGGGGCCGCCGAAGCUCCGCCGGGGGCGGCUUUCCCUCCAGCUCCGCUGCCAAAAGUUCUUGAGUGGACGAGACACGAGGGGCCACCACGCCACGCGUCCUUUUCAGAGCGAGGUUUUCACGCGGGCGCCUCCAGCGUGCGGUGCUCGCCGAGCACGGAGCUGCCCCGAGGCCGCUCCCUGGUGCCCCGGCCCCACGGCGUGUGCCCGCCCCACGGACAGCUGGGCCCCGUGGGGAGCCGACGGCCCCGCGCUCCCCGCGGCUCGCUGCCACCAGCAGACGGGACACGGGGUCAGCGAGAUUCACCCAACGCUUUUCUGGGAGGGGGGAAACCCCUCCGGGCCUGCCCCAAUCGUGCAUUUCCCGUCCUCCCUUCCCGGCCCUGUCUGUCCCGGCCGGCCCUCGGGCAGGUGCUGCCCACUAUGGGCACCGUCCUGCGUGCCGCUCCCCCGCCGCCCCAGCGGCGCAUCUCACGGGCUAGCGGCAAUCACAGCUACCGGAGUAGCACCGCGGCCUUAGGAGGCGGACAAACCCCGCUGUCCCCGGCAGAGGCCCCCGCCGUCCCGGCUGCCCCCUCCCCGGCGGAGCGCACGCCCACGGAGGCGCAGCUGGGAGCAGCGAGGAGCGCGGCCGGUGCAUUCAGAGCCGCCGCAGACUCCACCUCCUCGUCCUCCCCAUCAUUGUUAGCCCUGUCAUUAAUACCGCUCCUUAAGCAUCCUCCGCUCCCGUCUCCCCCCGUGGAGAGGAGCGCCGGGGAGCGGGGAGCGAGCGCCCGACCGCCGGUGCUGUCGCCUCGCCGCUGCCCGCCGCGGGCUCGGGCUCUGCUCGCCGCUCAGGUCCGGGCCGCUAGGGAUGUAAAAGAGACAGUCAUGUGGCCCCUUUCUGGCGGAGCUGACCCCGCGGGAUUAGAGGUCUCACCAGCCUUUCUUUCCUUUUCUCUGCUCGCAUAAAAGCAGGUUGAAGGUGAUGCGGUGUCUUGGGCAGACACUGCAGUGUUUUGAUUCAGCUCAGCCCUUUUCACUGUUCAAAGCAGCUGUUCAAAUACUAGGGCUGCUUACUUUGACGUGAAGAAGAUUUUCAAACAACCCCAAAAGCUUUGAACUGACAGGCCUCCUUGAUAUCUCCUUCAUUGCAGUGCAGCUACUCGAGAAUAUUCGCUAUAAAAUACAUAGAGCGCCACUUAACUGGAGCUGAGUCCUGGCUGGGAGGCGAGGUGCUGCAUACACAUCAGGUGCAUCCAGAAGGACGCGGGCGGCUUGCGGGGGUCCUGUGGCCGCCCCCCGCCGGCCCCCCCCGAUCCCCACCUGGGGGUCCCCUGCCCGCCCCCCGCCCCAGCUGCCGCGGCGGGCUCCGGCUGACGAGAUGUUGGACUCCCUGGUGUUUCAACUCCGUGCGUGCCGGAGAGAAAGCUGAAUUUCCAGCAGCAAAACAAGAGCACGGCUCGUUCCUAGCGAGCCUCGGCUUCCAGCCGCCGCUCGUCAGCCUGCCCGGCUCGGGGGGCUGGGGGAGCGCUCCCCAAACGCGCGCUCCUCUGCGCCUUCGGAUGCGUGCGGCUGCAGGGUGGGGAAUAUGUAUUUGCAUGUGCCUGUUGUGUUUAGAGGUGAAAAGCUUUUUUAAUUUUUUUAUUUUUUUUUAACUCUGCUCUCCAAACCUUGAGAUAGACUCACGCAGCUGAAAGGAAAGGAGGAGGGGGAGAAAUCCCCGCGCCUCCUUUCCGCGUCUCUAUUAUCUACCCAUUAGAUGUUGUUUUAGGAGGAAAUGCUCCAGGAGUGCAAAGACGUGGAGAGUCGCUCAGAGAAUUGCUGGGUGCAAUAAACGUGAGACUCCUGGUGCUCGCUUUAAAGGCCAACUUGGAAGAUUUGUGCUUAUUGCUGGGGCGCAUUUAAUGCACCUUUUGUGAGAUGGGAUUGUUUUGAUCUCUGCUUCCUUUUUAACCUUUCUCUGUGAGGUAUUCAAGCCUGUGCUUUCGUGUGGCUCUUUCCAGUGUUGCUCCGAGGAGUCUGAUUCGGCGGAGAGACCCAAGACAUGAAUGAAACUUCAACUUUAAGGGCCUGCGGAGAGACAAAACUGAGGCCGGGGCUUCACAAGUGAUUGCUUUAAAAAAAUCCAAUCUACACAAAGAGGCAGCUGGCUGCUUUAAUGAAAACUGCUUAAAGCGGCAAGAACCGCAGCCUCAGGGAUGUAUUUAUAAGAUGACUCAAAAGCUACACUUUCAAGUUGCUUCUCCUCGGGGUAGAUAUAACAAACACAUUUAACUAAGAAAUCUAAACAAAAAGGACAGAAAUUGAUAACUUUGAUUGCACAAGCUCACAUUACCCAUUGAAAUUAAAAUCCUCUAUCUAAAUAGAUUUCUCUACCUAUCUCUAGAGAAAAAAAACUCCCUCCCUGCGCGUAUAUAGAUAUACACACGUGUACGUGUAAUAUCAUGUACGUUUUUGCCCUGCUAGAAACUGAUUAUCCCAGAAGACAGAACGUAGAAAGGUGUAGAAUAAAUAAAAAAAAAGUUCCUGUAAAGUUUGUAAUAAUGUUCAUUUCCAACAUUCCCCACAACUCUAUUCUUCUGGCCGCUUCAUUCAUCUGAGAAUCUGCUAUUUUAUCUGCAUCAGUGUUUAAACUAGUGGGAUAUAAUGUUCUAAGUUCAGUAUUUGAAAUUAAAUUAUUUGAAUUCACGGAUAUUAAUCUUUUCCCUUCAUCCUCCAGUUCUGAAUCUUGUAAUUAAAAAUGAUCCACCCUUUGUAGUCCGCAAGUGAAUAUUUUAUAGAUAGAUACCG